GCUUUUGCUCCACCAUCUCCGCUGCACCACCACCCACGCAACUCAUGCAACCUCAUCACGGACCCGGAAAUCGAGAAUAAAGAAACAUGUCAACCCGCUCGUUUUCGCUUCUAGGGGGAUUAAAAUCGGCGCAUCGUCGCGUACGCACCAUCCUCCUUUUUGCUUUUGCUUCCCACCGAUUACCAUCACCUGUAGCGCUUCGUGGAGGAUGAUUUGGGCAGCGAAGUCCAAACAAGAUCUGCGACAGGCUUCGCGUGGUGCCGCGUUCACGCUCCCCAUCGAUGCCGAUAGUCGACAUGCACCACCCCCGACAACGCGGCCGCACAAUGCGCAACUGCACGCACGAGCAUACAGAACCUACGCCGUGCGUAACCCCAGCUUAAUCCCCAACUCCCGUCAAUCGCUCCAUGCUCAAAACAAGGCGGGCGAAUCGGAAGCAAGCACCCGACCCCAACACCUCCCACCGUCAACCCUCCACCACCACAAACACGCGCACAAGAAGCAGCACAAGCACAUACACCAGCAGCGCCAUCCAUCACCCGUAGCUCGUACCUACUUCCCUCAAUCCAAUGUCAUACACUCCAGCACCACCAACGGGGUUACACAUGCACAUGCACAAUUGCAUCUCGUUCCCAUAGGGCUGAAAGGACCUAAUGACUCGCAUAAGUGGCGCAAUCGAUCGGGUCCCCGCCGGUUCGCGGGAUGGCGUGGGAUGGUUUGCAUGUCGGCAAGGGUGUGUGGACAUCUUGGCUCCGAGACUGCAGUACCAGGCGGCCCCUUUGUGGCUUACUAAGGGUAUCUGGGAGGGCUGCGGGCGCCGAUUGGUUUGGUAGUAUUGGGAAUGCGGAAUGGUUGGGAUUGUUGGAAUUCUUGGAGUUGGCGGAUUGGGGUGUAUGAUAUGGGAAGAGAUGGGAAGCGUUGAGAUUGCGAAUGUUAGGGAGGAGGAAGCGAGAGGGAGGAAGGCGAUGGAUGAGUGGGGAUGUAGAAAAGGAGAGGAAGCAAACCCUUAAUGCAGGAAUUCGAUGUGGACGAGCUCGGUUUGCCCUAAGGAACUUGUAAUACAGAUGCGAAGAUUUCUGUUUGUAUUCCGGUGCUUUGAUGCAACAGUGCUGUAACCACAUCACAUCACUCCCUCAGAUAUCGCCGAUGCGAAACAUGCG